AAAUGAAGCUACGAGCGCUCUACCAGUCACAGAGGGCGGUGCCCUUCCUUUGCCCUGACUGUUGCAAAAACAUCCGCGCUUGGCGGCAGCCGCCUGCCACCGGCGAAUGGGGGGCGAUGCAAGAUGGCGGCGGUACCUGAGGAGCCGGCGGAGGUUGCCGCGGUGAAGCCGGACCCGGAGGCGGGGACGCCGCCACAGCCCCCCGCCGCUCCCCCCGCCACCGCCGCCCCCCCCGCUCCGUCGGCCGCGGCGGCGGAGGGGGAGACGGCGGGGAGCGCCGGGGACGCAUCGUCCGGUAAGCCCUCGGCACCGGGCCCGGCCGCCUCUUCGGCGGCGCUGGACCGGCAGACGCUGGUGGCCGUGCUGCAGUUCCUGCGUCGCAGCAACCUCCGCGAGUCCGAAGAGAUCCUGCGUCGCGAAGCUCGACUGCUCGGCGAGGACCUCGGAGCCGCCGCCCUCAGCCCCGCCGGUGCCGGGCUCCCGGGAGCCCCGGGGGGCGAAGGGGAUGCCAGCAGCAGCGAGGCGCUGCUCAGCCGGGUCGCCGCCGCCGCCACCAUCGCGAUAGGAGGCAGCGUCGCCCCCGUCGCCUCUUCUAGCCCGGGGGUGGCGGCAGCGGCCGCAGUGCCACCGGGGAAAGUUGGAGGAGGUGUUGUUGUGGAGGAUCAGCCAGAUGUGAGUGCAGUGUUGUCUGCCUACAAUCAGCAGGGGGACCCUACGCUGUAUGAGGAGUAUUACAGCGGUUUAAAAAACUUCAUUGAGUGUUCCCUGGACUGUCAUCGGGCUGAACUGUCUCAGCUGUUUUAUCCUCUCUUUGUGCACAUGUACUUGGAGUUGGUCUACAACCAACAUGAGAGUGAAGCUAAGUCUUUUUUUGAAAGAUUUCAUGGGGAUCAGGAAUGUUAUUACCAAGAUGACCUCCGUGUGUUAUCUAGCUUAACCAAAAAGGAACAUAUGAAAGGCAAUGAAACCAUGCUGGAUUUCCGAACAAGCAAGUUUGUUCUGCGUAUUUCCCGUGACUCUUACCAACUCUUGAAGAGGCAUCUUCAGGAAAAGCAGAACAACCAGAUCUGGAACAUCGUUCAGGAACAUCUCUACAUUGAUAUUUUUGAUGGAAUGCCUCGUAGUAAACAACAGAUAGAUGCUAUGGUUGGGAGCUUGGCUGGGGAGGCAAAACGAGAGGCAAAUAAAGCGAAGGUUUUCUUUGGCUUAUUGAAAGAACCAGAGUUUGAUGUGCCUUUGGAUGAUGAAGAUGAAGAGGGAGAAAAUGAGGAAGGAAAACCAAAGAAGAAAAAACCUAAAAGAGACAGUGUGGGGUCAAAAAGUAAAAAACAAGACCCUAAUGCUCCUCCUCAAAACAGAAUUCCUCUUCCUGAACUGAAAGACUCAGAUAAACUGGAUAAAGUGAUGAACAUGAAGGAAGCUGCCAGACGUGUGCGUCUUGGGCCAGAGUGCCUGCCUUCCAUCUGUUUCUAUACGUUCCUUAAUGCUUAUCAGGGUUUAACUGCAGUGGAUAUUACAGAUGACUCUAGCAUGAUUGUAGGAGGCUUUGCUGACUCUACAGUCAGAGUGUGGUCUGUGACUCCGAAAAAGCUACGUAGUGUGAAAGCAGCAGCAGACCUCAGUCUGAUUGACAAAGAAUCAGAUGAUGUCUUGGAGAGGAUCAUGGAUGAGAAAACUGCAAGUGAGUUGAAGAUUUUGUAUGGUCACAGUGGACCUGUCUAUGGCACCAGCUUCAGUCCCGACAGGAACUACCUGCUGUCCUGUUCUGAGGAUGGUACUGUCAGAUUGUGGAGCCUCCAAACAUUCACGUGUCUGGUGGGAUAUAAAGGACACAACUAUCCAGUAUGGGAUACACAGUUCUCUCCUUACGGGUAUUACUUUGUGUCAGGGGGACAUGACAGAGUGGCUAGGCUGUGGGCGACAGAUCAUUACCAGCCUUUACGGAUAUUUGCUGGCCACCUUGCAGAUGUGACAUGUACUCGAUUUCACCCUAACUCCAACUAUAUUGCCACUGGCUCAGCAGACAGAACUGUACGGCUCUGGGAUGUUUUAAAUGGGAAUUGUGUAAGAAUAUUCACUGGACAUAAGGGUCCGAUUCAUUCGUUGGCAUUUUCUCCUAAUGGACGAUUCCUGGCUACUGGAGCAACAGAUGGCAGAGUUCUGCUGUGGGAUAUUGGACAUGGCUUGAUGGUCGGAGAACUGAAAGGGCACACUGACACCAUCUAUGCGCUCCGAUUCAGUAGGGAUGGGGAGAUUUUAGCAUCAGGUUCAAUGGAUAACACAGUUCGGCUGUGGGAUGCAGUGAAAGCAUUUGAAGAUUUAGAAACGGAUGACUUUACUACAGCCACGGGACACAUAAACUUGCCUGAAAACUCACAGGACUUGUUACUAGGUACAUACAUGACCAAAUCAACUCCAGUUGUACACCUUCAUUUUACACGCAGGAACUUGCUGCUCGCUGCAGGAGCCUACAGUUCACAGUAGAUAAGGAAGACGCGAGACUGGCUGGCUGUGCCAAGUUGUUGCAGCAGUGACCUCAGAAUGUGAGAUGAAGAGAAAUGUCUUGUAUGGGUGGACUUCACCAGUCCAUUGCAGGAAGAAACAAAAUUGUGUAAACUAACUCAAGCAACAUCUCUGUUCUGCUCUCAUAAUUCACAUGUUCUGCUCCCACAGUUUGAAGAUGCUGGAGCUUGACAAGACAUUGUGAAUUUAAAGGAAGGAAUUGUUUUGUGGUGCUUUUGGUAAAUGUAUACGUACGUGUGUAUAUAUAUAUAUAUAUAUGUAUGUAUAUGAAAAUGGCUGUCUCCUCUCAGAGAUGCUAUUGAGCUCUGCUGAAACUUCUGGAAAGUUAACAGCCUUGGUAUUUGUUCUCAAAUGACUUUUUUUAAAGCACUUAAUGUAUGGUUUGGUAACGUUUAACCAGUCUCAAACACAGGUAAAAACUUCAGACUCAGAAAAGAAGAAUGUAGUUUAACUCACUAUAGCCUAGGCUGGACAACGGGUAUGGUGAGGAUAUUACAGCAACAAAUGGGGCAUUGAAAGAAUAAGCCCAACAGGCAGAGGCUUGUGGGGAACUGCAGAGAAGUUACAUGUAGUUUUUAUGCAUCUAAGUACCAAGUCCUGAAAAGAUUUCAAACUUCUAUGCUCUUUUGAGUUAUUAGAAAUGCAGAUCUUGUUAUUCUGUUCUGACAAGUAGCUGCUGCUGUGUGAUAAGCAACACAAGUUGCAAUGUGAAUUCUUUGGAGGGAUGGUUUGGGAGGAAGGGACAACUGACAUGCAUCACCCAAUUUUAAAAACAAUAUACUUAAACCCUCAUGUGUUUUAUUAGAUUUGAAAAGCUUCAAAAUUCAGCAUCCUUUCAGCAUAUAGUUCAAUACAUCACACUGUAAAAACUAGUGGAGGAUCAAGAAAUUGCAGAGCAAAAAGCUUACUCAGUCAUCAGUAUGCUAUCAGUUUGCUUUUGAAAGGCUGGCUUGUCUGCUUGUGUGACAAUUGCCACCCAAAAAAACCCUGCUAUACUCCAGUAAGUCUUGCUGGACAACCAGUAAAGCUCAGAGCUUCUAAGGAAAAGUAAAAGAUACAAAAUACUGGGAGGAUAGAGCGUGUUUUGGGGUCUGUGAAUGGAAAAGGAAAGGCCUCUUAGAAUCUUCUACAAACUACAUACAAGGAAAUCUGUUUGUAUUCCCUGUUACUUGCAGUAAGGGCUCAGGCACUUAAACAAUCUGCUGGCUCUCUACUGAAGAUGCAGAAAACCAAGACUUGACAUUUCUAAGGUAAACAAAGAACUACCUCCUAUCUCAUCCUUUUUCUGACUAAGCCUUGGAGUAAAGGGGCAUUGGGGCAUUAAAUAUCAAAAUAAGGGUAGAAAAUUCAUAAGGAAACUAAUUUGGAAACUUUCUUUAAAGACAAAAGGUUAAAACUAAACUACUAUGGAUUUUAUCUGUAAAGGUACAUCAAAAUUUCCCAGCAAUCAAUAUGACCAGCUGGACUUAAGUAAAAUUGUAGUAAAUUAAGCAAGUUACCUAAAAGCACAUACAGCAUUGAGAGCUUGAAGAAAACACUGCCACAUUCUGCCUUUUUGUUUUGUACAGUUUUAUACUUUUGAUAGUAUAAUAAAUACUGAAACCACA